CAUCGUUUAACACACUUUUGAUUUUUGAAACUGCAACACUUCCAUGUCUUUAGUUCGAUCAUCCAAAACAACACCAGCUGUUUGUUGCUUCUGCAGAAUAGAGACUUUAGGCUACUUUGAAGAUACUGAAGCUAAGAAAUUGCUUGAAAAUGUUGCCAGAAGUAUGCAACCUAUUAUGAAGAAGAGGAACUGGACAGUUCUCUUGCUUUCAGAAUUCUAUCCAAGGAACAGAAAUUUAUUUGGUUUGCAUAUAAAUGAAGGCGAAGAGAUCAAAGUAAGAUUGCGCGAACCGGAAAAUGUCAAAACUCUUUUGCCUUUCGAAAGUGUUGUCGGAACGAUUCUUCACGAGUUGGCCCACUUUGUUCAUAAAAAACACGACAAGUCUUUUUAUUUACUUUUAGAUCAAUUAACAACGGAAUAUGAAGCUUGCUUUGUAGGUUUUGGAAAAGGCAAUUUUAACUCAGAUAAGGGCCAAAGGAUAGGAGGCAAAAUAUCAAAACCUUCUACGAAACAGGAAAAAAGAAACCUGUUAGCACAAGCUGCGGAAACUAGGCGAAUCCGAGCAGGUUUAUUAUGCGGUGCCCAGAAACUUGGCGGUUCAAGUCCCCAAUCUUCUUCAACUCCACAACAAAUGGCUGUUUUAGCUGCCAUAAGAAGAAUGAAAGACCAGGAAAGGUGUGGAACUGUAGACUCUUGAUACAAAAAUAUGUCAAGCUGGUUGUAAUAGCUAUUUAAAACUUAAAAUCGA